CGGCCAAGGCAUGGCGAAGCGACUGACGUGCGUCGGCGGCUUCGGUACGUUCCGAGAAACGGCAAGCUUCACCGCGGACGACGCGGACGAGAUCGUCGCUGCUGCUGGUGGCCACUCGAUCACGCUCGUCGCCUGCAGAGACGCGGGCGUCGUCGGCUACGGCACGGCCUUCCACGGCGAACUCGGCCCCAAUCGCCUCGCACUGCGGCUGACCACCUUGUCGAUUGUUCGCAUCGCUUGUGGCGGAAGCUUUGUCGUCGCCGCCUCGUCCGACGGCGCCUGCUACGAAUGGGGUCAUGGCAGCACCGAGCCCAAGAAGCUACCAGAGGUCUCGGGCGUCGUGGAGGUGGCGGCCGGCGACGGUCAUGCGCUCGCGCGGACCACAGACAGCGUCGUCUUCUCGUGGGGCAACAACCAGUACGGACAGUGCGGCGUCGGCGUCCGAUCGCCGCGCGUCGCUUCACCGACAGUGCUUGCUGAGCGCUGGAAGUAUGUGGCCGCUGGUGCCCAGCACUCGGCCAUGAUCGCGACCAACGGCGAUCUCUACACGUUUGGGUGGGGCCAAUACCACCAACUCGGACUUGGAAGCACCGCCGACCAGCCGCGCCCGACGUGCGUCACGAGCCUCCAAGGCGUGGGCGACUACGUCCGCGGAGUCUUUGCAGGCGUGCGGCAGGUCGCUUGUGGCGCGUGGCACACUGUCGCUCUGACGACGACGGGCGACAUGUACACGUGGGGUGGGGCCAGCAUGGCCAGCUCGUACGCCGCCAAUGAAUGCCUGCACGAGCUCACGAUGGGGUUUUAG